AUGAAGCACGCAAUUCUUUGCCUGCAAAUCUCUCUGUUCCUCUCCAGCUUCUCCUAUUCGAUGCAGGCCCAAUACAGCUCGAUUUUUAGCUUCGGUGACUCCUACACCGACACCGGCAACAAGGUCAUCCUCUUCGGCCCGACGACGCCAGGCCUGCUGAUCAACAAACCGCCGUACGGGAUGACCUUCUUUGGGCAUCCCACCGGCCGCCUCUCCGACGGCAGACUGGUCAUAGAUUUCAUCGCCCAGGCACUGGGGCUGCCUCUCCUUCCGCCGUCACUGUCGAAGAAUCAAAGCUUCAAGCAAGGCGCAAACUUCGCGGUGGCUGGUGCCACGGCGCUGAAGACGAGCACGAGCCCAGCGGCGUUCUACCCGCAGGCCGCCGGCGGCGGCGCCAAGCCUCCUCCGAAUAACGUCUCACUCAGUGACGAGCUGGGGUGGUUCGACGCCAUGAAGCCCUCGCUUUGCGGCUCACCCCAAGCAUGCAAGGAGUUUUUCGGGAAGGCGUUGUUCGUCGUCGGCGAGCUGGGUUGGAACGACUAUGGCGUCAUGCUGGUCGGCGGCAAAAGCGUCGCUGAAGCGCAGGCCUACGUGCCUCGGAUCGUUGCAACAAUCGUUGCUGCCACGGAGAAGCUGAUCAACGACGGCGCCACGGCGAUCGUGGUGUCAGGGAUCUCGCCGAUGGGCUGCGCGCCGGGGAACCUGGUGAUGCUAGCGAGCCAGAACGGGGCGGACUACGAGCCGGACACGGGGUGCCUGAAGGGCCUGAACGAUCUGUCCAAGGCGCACAACGCGCAGCUGAGCCAGGCGCUGACGGCGCUGGGCGGCAGGUACCCGGGUACGCGGAUCACCUACGCCGACCUGUACGCGCCCGUGAUCGCGUUCGCGGCGGCGCCGGCACGGUUCGGGUUCGACGGCGCGGACGGCGCGCUGCGGGACUGCUGCGGCGGCGGCGGCGGGAAGUACAACUUCAACCUGAGCGCCGCGUGCGGGAUGCCCGGCGUGGCCGCCUGCGCCAACCCGUCGGUGUACGUCAACUGGGACGGCGUCCACCUCACCGAGGCGGCGUACCACCUCGUCGCCGAUGGAUGGCUUAGGGGACCCUACGCCCGCCCGCCCAUUCUCGGGGCGUAG